AUGGCCGGAGACAUGAACACAUUGUAUUCAAUGGAGCCGGAGAGCGGGACCAAAGGGAGAGAGUCCUUCAAGUCGGUGUCGGAGGGGGAGAGGGACGUGUGGAGGGGAGAGGAGCCGUCAGAGCCCCCCUGCUGCCUCAGUGUCAGCAAGGUCUCCUACACUGUCAGUGAGCGUUUGGGUCCAUGGUGGGACUUGCCCUCCUACAGGAAGCGAUGGACUCGUCAGAUCCUCAAUGACGUCUCCUUUCACGUAGAGAGCGGGCAGAUCAUGGGCAUUCUGGGAAAUUCAGGCUCAGGAAAGACCACACUGCUGGAUGCGGUCUCAGGGAGGAUUGGAAACUGUGGCACGCUGACGGGGGACGUCUUCGUUAACGGCAUGAACCUGAAGAGAGAGGAGUAUCAGGACUGCUUCUCUUAUGUGCUGCAGAGUGAUAACUUGUUGAGUUAUCUGACGGUGGAGGAGACUCUGACCUACACCGCUCAGCUGGCCCUACGGAAACUCUCGUCCAGAGCCAUCAAGAAGAAGGUGUCGGCGGUGAUGGCCGAGCUGAGUCUGAGUCACGUGUCCCACAGUGUCAUCGGAGGCCGGGUUUUCCCAGGGAUCUCUGGGGGCGAGAGGAGGAGGGUCUCCAUCGCCAGCCAGCUUCUUCAGGACCCCAGUGAGUAUCUCUGCAGCUGGGAAAUAUACGAGUUAUCUGAGAAUCAGGAACUUCCAAAGGGCCCAUUAGCUGCGAAGGUGAAACCAGAGGAGAUGGUGGACUUCUUCAGCCAGUGUGGAUAUGAGUGCCCAGAGUACUGCAACCCUUUUGACAUCUAUGUUGACUUCACCUCAGUGGACACACGCAACAGUGAGAGGGAAGCAGCCACUUUCAGUCGCAUGCAUGAGAUCACCUCGUCCUAUCAGAGGUCUCCCAUCUACCAGUGCAUGCUGGGAAAACUGGAGCAGAGCCUGCAGCGGGUGGACAAGUCAGCCAUCCCCUACAAGAGCAAAGAGUCCCCCAGCGGUGCAGCCAAACUGGCAGUUCUGUUCAGGCGGACACUGAGAAACCUGUCCAGAGACAGGAUGGGGGUCCUGAUGCGUCUGUCCCAGAACCUGAUCUACGGUCUCUUCGUGGCCUUCUUCGUGAUGCAUCUAGACAUGGACGUCAGUAAGGGAGCAGUGCAGGACCGCAUCGGCAUCAUCUAUCAGAGCAUUGGAGCUUCACCUUACACCGGCAUGCUGAAUGCUGUAGCUCUCUUCCCCGCGUUGCGAGCCAUCAGUGAUCAGGAGAGUCAGGAUGGUCUGUACAGUAAAUGGCAAAUGUUCUUGGCGUACAUCUUCCACAUCCUGCCCUUCAGCAUCCUGAGUGUGUUCAUCUUCACCUCCUUCCUUUACUGGUGGGUACAUCAAGACAAAGAGUUAUUCUCGUCUGAUGAGGACAGCAGCCUCUACUUCACCUACAGCGGGGGGUGCAAUGAGCUGGAGGUCAACAACCUGCACUAUGAGGUGGACACGGCAGCUCAGAUUCCCUGGUACGAGAGGCUAUCAGAGUUCAAGUUGCCGUGGGAGAUGAAAGGAGACAAGCAGACAGCCAUAAACAAGCUGAGCCUGAGGGUCCGCAGCGGGCAGAUGUUAGCCAUCAUUGGCAGCUCAGGUUGUGGUAAAACCUCCCUGCUGGACAUCAUAACGUGUCGUGAUGAGGGCGGGAAAAUGACGUCCGGUCAGGUUCUGAUUAACGGGAAGCCCAACACUCCCCAGCUGGUGAAGAAGAGCAUCGCUCACGUUCGGCAGGAUGACCGCCUUCUUCCUCACCUCACCGUCCGCGAAACUCUCGCCUUCGUUGCCAAACUGAGGCUCCCCACCCACUUCAGCCAGGCUCAGAGGGACCAGAGGGUGGAUGAUGUCAUCGCAGAGCUGCGGCUGCGACAGUGCGCUCACACCAGGGUGGGAAACGACUAUGUGAGGGGGGUCUCUGGAGGGGAGAGGAGGAGAGUCAGUAUAGCUGUUCAACUUCUCUGGAACCCCGGUAUUCUGAUCCUGGACGAGCCCACCUCAGGUCUGGACAGCUUCACGGCCCACAACCUGGUUCUCACCCUGUCCCGCCUGGCCCGGGGGAACCGCCUGGUGCUGCUGUCCGUCCACCAGCCGCGCUCCGACAUCUUCCAGCUGUUCGACCUGGUGGUGCUGCUGUCGUCGGGAUCAGCUGUUUACUGUGGCGCUGCCCGGGACAUGGUGCCGUACUUCACUGCCCUGGGAUACCCCUGCCCACGAUACUGCAACCCCUCUGACUUCUAUGUUGAUCUGAUCAGUAUCGACCGGCGCAGCCCCGAGCGAGAGGCCGAGGGUUUGGAGCGCUCCACGGUUCUGGCGGAGCGUUUCAUGGAUAAGGUCCGAGACACCGAGGAUCACAUGUGGAAAUCAGAGGGCGCCAACACAACACCCACACAAACUAAAAGCCCUCAGCAGCUGAGCAAAGAAAACGGAGAGGAAGUUAUCACCAUCGCUAAACAAAAGAAAAGACUGCCUGGCCGGCUUCACCAAUUUACCAUCCUCAUCAGGCGUCACAUGUACAAUGACUACAGAGACCUGGUCACCGUAUUGGUCCACGGCUUCGAGGCGCUGCUCAUGUCCCUGCUGGUCGGGUGUCUGUACUACGGGGCGGGAGAGGAGCGUCUCUCCAUCCAGGACACGGUGGCCCUGCUCUACAUGAUCGGAGCGCUCACCCCAUUCGCUGUGGUGCUGGACGUCAUCGCCAAAUGUCACUCAGAGAGGGCCAUGCUGUACCACGAGCUGGAGGACGGCAUGUACUCCGUCACCUCCUACUUCUUUGCCAAGGUAAACCAGGGGGGUAACUGA